AAGAGAGUGUAAUGUGCUGGAUAGUUAAAAUGUCCAUAUCGUGAUGAAAUUGCAAUUCGGAUCAUUUUUGAAUCGGAGGGAUGAGGACUCGUCGAGUGGACUAGUGGUCUUGUUUUCACACGCUGGGGCCAGGGAGCAGGGGCAGAGAUGCCAGAGGGGAUGAGGGCCCCACAUCCCCUAUUUUACUUUCAGCUACGCUACCGCAGUCCUAGGUAAUCCAAAUCACUGAAAUCAGGGGUCCAUAAUCAUCCUAGGCCCACAUGUCAUUGACUUUCAAGCUAGCCAGGGAGUGGGGACGCGAGGGUGGGGGCCAGUGGUCCCCACCGCUCUCCCCAUGUGCUGUCUCCUCCACCCACCGGGCGGCUUGGCCCCUCAAUCAUUGGCCCCGCCCCGGCUCCAUUCCUCUCUUCCUCCGCCACCGCCAGGCGCCAGUCGGCAGCCACCAGUCACCACCGCCUCCCUCCUCCACUCAAGCUCAAGCUCGCUGCCACAGAGAAUUGGGCCCGGGCCGGGCCAGGGACAGCCUCCGUCCGUCCGUGCCACCCUCUCAUGACGACGAGGCCAGACGGCAGCGGCAGCGCCGCGCCCGCAGACAAGCAGCUCGUGCCGGUCUCCAACGGCAACGGCAACUCCGGCGCGCUGGCCGUCCGCAAGGCGCCCUCCAAGGACCGUCACAGCAAGGUGGACGGCCGUGGGCGCCGCAUCCGCAUGCCCAUCAUCUGCGCGGCCCGCGUGUUCCAGCUCACGCGGGAGCUCGGCCACAAGUCCGACGGCCAGACCAUAGAGUGGCUGCUCCGCCAGGCCGAGCCCUCCAUCAUCGCCGCCACCGGCACCGGCACCACGCCGGCGUCCUUCUCCACCUCCUCCCCGUCCUCGCUCCGCUCCACCUCCUCCACCAGCCCGCACCCGCUGUCCGCCUCCCCCACCGCCGGCCUCCCGCACGCCGCCGCGCCCUUCAUCCUCGGCAAGCGCGUCCGCGGGGACGGCGCCGACGCCGAGCCCACCGUCGCUGCCCCGGCCCCGGGGUUCUGGGCGCUGCCGGCGCGGGCCGACUUCGGCCAGCUCUGGAGCUUCGCGGCCGCGCCGGAGAUGAUGGUAGCCGCGGCCGCCGCCGCCGCCGCCGCACCAGCCAUGGCCGGGGAGGCGUCCGCCGCCAGGGUCGGCAACUACCUCCCCGUUGCGCAGGGCAACCUCAACCUGCUCGCCUCCUUCUCUGGCGGGCCCGCUCCCACAGCAGCUGCCGCCACCGCCGGCCGGGCCGAGGAGGAGACCGCCCGCUGAGCGGCUGAGGGUCGUCGUCAAUUCCUCGUCAUCCCCGGUUCCCGCGUCCCGUCCGCCGCCGCUAGGGUUUUAGGGCGGCCUGGCCUUCUCUUCCCCUUUCACUAGGGUUUCCAUUCCACACAGUUUCGACUCCUCCGGUUUGCUUGCCUUGGCUGCUCAGCUCCAUUCCGCGUGUCUUGUCUCUCUGUCAGUCAGUCUUUUGUGUGUGCGUGCUCAAUUCGGGAUGGAUAGAUAGAUCGAUAGUGUCACUCUCACUCAACUCUCAGUCGCAGCCAUGUCGCCUUCCUUCCUUUUUUUUUUAAUUUGGUUUCCUUUUCCUUUCUUCUAGUGUUAUGUUGGCCACCCGAAUUGGGUGGCCUUCAAGUAAGCAAUCAAGCAAAGCAGCUGCAACAGAUUAUCAUCACUCAUCACUUGCUCAAUUUCACUACAACGAGAAAGGAAACGCAUGCAGGCUUGCUCUGCUAUGCUCUGUUGUUCCCAUUUGGGGCGGCGGCGGCAUUGGAGGUCCAGCCGCUUGGUUGCUUGUCACUAGUCACUACUGGGUCUCUUGUGUCAGUCCACCCCUGCUUGCAUCGCAGCAUCCACUGUAGCAAAGCUCCUGAAGGAAGGAUCCUGGCAGGUUUGCUGUUGGGGACUGUCACAACUCAAAACAGGAAUGUGGUUUAUCCUUGCUUUCUUUGUGAGCUGUUUCUUGCAACAGAACAAGAACAAAGCAGCAGGUCCAGUCUUCUCCUAGUUGCAAGAAACAAAGAGGAGUGAAUACCUACAGCUGCAUCAGCUCUCCCAUCCUGUCCGAUGAUUGUGUUGUGUCUGUCAGUCUCGGAGGGAAGGGAAGACAGGCUGAGGCUGGCCCUGGCUGUAAGUUGUCCACAUGUAUGUUCCUCCUCUCCCUUGCUUGCCCUGCUCUGCUGCGUCUGCUUGCUGUGAUUUUACUUAGCAAUUAAGUUGGUUUCCUUUUGAGCUCUUAUCUGGAUUGGAUUAGUGCUUGAGAAUAAUAUAAGUACUGCUGGUAGUCUAAGUACUUAUUUAUUAGUCAUCAUCAGUUGUUGGUAGUAGCUCAGUUCAGGCCCUGUCCUGUAUGUAUGUAUGAGUGUACACCAUGUAUGUAACCACGUACGGAUAUUGUUUGAUGAUGUGUUUGUUGAUCAAUUAAUGGACAAAAAAUAAGAAUGGGAAAAAUAAGGUUUGUUCCAUUCAAUUCAUCA